AAAAACAUUUGUGACUUCCGUGCACGUUCUACAUCGCAGUCUGCCUUCCGCAUCAUGGACGACGUCAUCCAGCUCAAGUUCCUCUUCGCCAACAAGGACGGCGUCAAGGUCACGCUCGGCGCGCCCAAGUCCGCGCACGUCGCCGACGUCAAGGCGCAGCUGCUCGCCGCGUGGCCUGCCGAUGUGCCCAAGCCCGAGUGCCUCAGCAGCAUUCGCCUCAUCUGCAUGGGCCUCGGCGCGCUCCAGGACAACAAGACGCUGAGCGACAGCAAGGUGCCGUCGUUCCCGACCCAUCCGACGCCGGUCAACGUCUCGGUCGUGCCGCCCAAGCGGUCGGCCGACGCUGCCGGCGGCUCGUCCGAGCACCCGCUCACCCAGCGAGCGCCGCCCACCAACAUUAGUUGCUGGUGCGCGAUUUCAUAGUCGAUCGUUGAAUUGCAUCUGGUGUAUAUAUUGUCUUCUUAGUCGAAUUAACAAAAGGGCUGCUGGCAGAUCGGACACUUGUUCUUGCUCGACUGGUUGAACCACUUGUAGAGACACGAGUUGUG